AUGAAGUUGUAUCAUGCCAACAAACAGAUUGAUGAUCUUAACUCCGAGAAGGAAGUUCUCAAAAGCUAUGUCGCAGAUGUCAACCUUUACUUUCAGACUCUUAGAGAGACAUGUGACUCGUUGAUCAUGGUCUCGGUUCGACAACAUCUUGUAGAAAAACUCAAACUGGUAUUCUCCAUGCUUAAUUGUAUCGAACGUGUUUCGGAACAUGAUGCUAUUCGGAAACAGAGGAGAGAAGCUAAGAAAACAUCUAGUGAAGAGCCCAAGAACACAGUUGGUGAUUUUGGAAAAAGAUCUAUCAAAAGAGGAAAAGCUCAAAACAAAAAAAACGUGACAAAGAGCUUGAUGAGAUUUAGCGUGUUAGCAAAGAAGUUGAAGCUUGUGAAAAGGAAGCUCAUGAGAAAGCCUCAAUAUCAGACAUGGAGUUCGAAGAAGAUAGCUAUAGUGAAAGUUUUUAGACCGGAUGAAACAGAAAGCUUCAUCAACGUUCGAUUCAAAGCUGUCCGGGGAGCAAGGAGUUCGGUCUUUGAAUUCACUUUCGUUGACUUGCCGUGCCUAAAUCCAUACGAAUGGAUUUAUUUGUUCACUCAUUUGUCAAAAGAUAAACAAAAGUUCGAACCAAUAGUGGCACACCUGAAAAGAAUGUUAGUCUCCUACAUUCAAGAAAUUGGUAAAACAGAUGUGGAGAUCGCUACUAUGCUCAGAAAGAAACCAAUUGUGCAACCCUAA